AUGCCAGAGGCCUUUGACUUGCAUUCGUUAGACUAUAUCGAUGAAAUAAUAUCAUUUGUUACUGCGAGUUCCUCGGAUGACACAGCCGGUCAACAAUUGGAUCAAUUGAAAAUUGAUAGUGAGAAAAAUUAUGCCAAGGUCAUUAAUAAAUAUUUUACGAAAUAUCUGCAUUCGAAUGUAACGGAUGGAGAGUAUGAGGAACUAGAAGGACUGAUUGGAAAAAUUGAUAAAGCUUGGCAACAAUUUGGAACCAAAGACUUAACGGAUGAUGACAAAAAUGAGCUGGGUGAUUUGCCUGAGACUCUUAGCCAGCUGUACAAAAUUUAUGUAGGAAAUGAUGAUGGAAAUAAUUUGUCUUUUCGCAUUGCCAAUGAUGAACGUCCAACUUUGUGUGAAAUCAAAAUUAAUGAACAAUUACGACUGCGGAAAUUACAUCAAGCUGUCGUACUAUCUGAGCUCAGAGGAUUCAUUUUGAGUCUGAAAUCAUCGGAGGACGUUGAAAAAACUACAGCUCGUGCUAUUUUACAUUCGGAAGAAUAUAUUUUAGUAACGAAAAAUGGAUUUAAAGAAACUGUAGAUUUGUUCCGUCGCUGUGAUCCACCUGAACAUAUUCGCGGAAAUACAUUUUCGGAAUUUUUGGGAUUAUUCCAAGGAGUUGUUGUCAAUGAUCAACACACAAGUGCAGGUAAUGGUAAGUGUUCAAAAUCAUGCGAUGGCGUCGAUUUUUCCCGUAUCGACAGAUGUUAUACAAUGUAUGAUCGGUAUGAUAAUUCCAUAAAACAUUGUCAUGCAAAACGUUGCAAUGGGAUCCUUUAUGAUUGUGUCAACACCGGGCAUACAUUUAUCUGUGAACUGGAUGAAAAUUCUGAUAGACGGUUUCAGUGGGCCGUGCGUUUUGACAACAAAAAUGUAUAUGGCGAAUCUGCGAGUUCUUGUGAGGGAAAACAAUAUGUCAUAAAAGAAGGUUUCCAAAAUUUUGAUUUUUGUCGUACUUGUAUGUGUUCUUGCGCUGAACAAGAUGGUAACUCUACUGCUACUAGGACAAUUAGUUUGAUACCACAAUAUGCAGACAUACAAAAUAAUAUGGUAGUUACUGGAGUACGUUUUGUGGAAAAAUAUAAAAUAUUCCAUAUUCAAAUUCAGCAAAGUAAAUUAGGACCUUAUGGUGAAAUAGUACCAGGUACAUCAAAGUGGAAAAAAUUGCCCCGAUUUUCUUAUGAAGAAAAAGAAAAUGGCGGUUUUAUGAUGAGUACUGCAAAUGGUCAACGAAAAUUAUUCAAUAAUGCAGAUUUUAAAUUUAUUACUUAUGAUAGCAGAACAAUAAAUAUCGAUCAGUUAAAAACACCAAAGGGUGAAGUGAUUGUUGGAGUUACUUUUGUUUAUAACAGCGAAACAAAAGCUGUUGAAUUACAAAUUCUUUCUUGGCCGUUUGAUUACAAAACUGGUAAACUAGAAGAUCCUAUUGAUUUGGAGGACGAGGAUGCUGAUUUUGAAAGUGAUUGGAUAAAUUGGCGAAAUACACCAAGACGAUCAAAGGAGUAUGAUAGAAAGAGGCGUACAUUAAGUUUGUUCAAAUUGGAUGAUCCCAUAAAAGCACCUAAAAACCCAUUAUAUUCAGAUCCCAAUGAAGCACUUAAAGUACGAGCUACGGGUUUUGCAUUAGACAUGGCUCAACACACUAUUCCUUACAUUGAUUUACAACCGGUAGCAUUAUCAGAUUUAAAAGUACCGCUUAGUGGAUUGGAAUUAAUUUACCGAAGAAAAAAAGGCUAUGGAGGUUUUUUGGGUUUCAAAAUACGCGGAUACGAUUUAGUUGAUUUUUUUGGUAGUGAAAUGUCACAAGAUGAUUUAGAUAAAUACAAAAAUGAUUUUGAUGGAGAUAUUGUUCAUGAAAUACCAACUAAAUCCGAUUAA